CCAAGAGGGUUCAUUCUUACCGUUUUGACUGGAGGACCUGCGUGAUUGUCUACCUGCGACCUUGGCAACCGACGAAAUGAGUGGUCGAGUCGGUGACUUGAGCAAUAAGCAGGCGGAAACCUUAGAGCAGUUUCGAACGAGAAUUGAGGACAUUCUCCCUAACCUUCCCGCGCAACAUGAUCACUACCUCCUUCGCUGGCUACGAGCUCGGAGCUUCAACAUCGAAAAAACUGAUGCGAUGCUGAGAAAGCACGUGGAAUUCAGGAGGCACAUGAAAGCAGACACCAUCAUCUCUGACUGGAAGCCUCCUGAGGUGAUAGAGAAGUACCUGCCUGGGGGGAUGUGUGGCUAUGACCGCGAGGGUAGUCCCAUCUGGUACGACAUCAUUGGUCCGCUGGACCCCAAAGGCCUCAUGAUGUCGGCCACCAAGCAGGACUUCAUGAAGACCAAGAUCAGGCACACGGAAAUGCUACGCAAGGAGUGUCAGAGACAGUCUAAGAAGCUGGGCACAAAUAUCGAGACCAUAACUCUGAUCUAUGACUGUGAGGGGUUGGGCCUAAAGCACCUGUGGAAGCCUGCCCUGGAGGCCUAUGGAGAGACGCUCACCAUGUUUGAGGAUAACUACCCGGAAGGCCUCAAGAAGGUGUUUCUCAUCAAGACUCCUAAGCUCUUCCCCAUGGCUUACAACCUCGUCAAACAUUUCCUGUGUGAAGAAACGCGGCGAAAGAUUGUUGUGCUGGGAGCCAACUGGCAAGAGGUGUUACGUAAACACAUUGACCCGGAGCAGCUGCCUGUGGUGUAUGGGGGGUCUCUGACAGACCCGGAUGGUGACCCACGUUGUCAGACCAUGAUCAAUUAUGGCGGAACAGUGCCCAAGACCUAUUAUGUUCAGGACUCUGUGAAGGUUCAGUAUGACAACAGCGUGACCAUCAGUCGAGGCUCUGUCUUUACACUGGAGUGUGACAUCACCACCCCUAGCAGCCUUCUGAGGUGGCAGUUUGCGAGUGACGGGGCCGAUAUCGGGUUUGGUGUUUUUAGGCGCACUCAGGAGGGGGGGACUCAGAAGGUGGAGGACAUGCUCCAGGUGCUGCGCAGCGAGCGCUACAAUGCCCACAUGGUCCCAGAAGACAGUUCGCUCACCUGUGAUGAGCCGGGAGUAUAUGUUCUGCGUUUCGAUAACACUUACAGCAUUCUGCAGUCAAAGAGGAUCAGCUACAACAUGGAGGUUCUCCUCCCGGACGGACAGACUCAGAGCCCCAGGAGCUGAGGAGAUGGACGGCUGCAGUGAUGCACACACAUACUUGCACAAACACUAACACACACAUAGGCAGAGACAUGCCUAGCCACACUUGCACUUGGCAAGGUUACAGUGGAUUGAGUAAUUAAUUACCCAGUUUGAACUUGUUCUAUCAUACUGGGGUGGUGUUGUGCAGUUCUAAGAGUGUUUUAUAUGGAACAAUAUUGUUGAUAUGCUAUCACUAUUCUAUAAUUGUUUCUAACCUCAUCUGACCAAGACAUGGGCAUGGUAACUUGGACCUGGUCCCCCAGGCACUGCUGAUAUGGCUGCCCGCUGCUCCUGGCUGCCCUUGGAGGAAGAGCAGCUUGGAGGGGACAAAUGCAGAGAACAAAUUCCUUAGGUGGACACUCCUACAUGCGUGUGAUUGUGUGUGUGUGUGUGUGCUCGGUGUUGCCACUCCCUUCACACGUGUGUGUCUGUCCUAUUGUGAGAUUAAUAUAUAUAUAUGUUUCCUUUCGAUCUACUGUUUUGUUCACAGUUCUUUUCUACUCAAAUAUGAUUUUAUUUUGUGCAUUUUAAGAUGAAAGAUUGAAGGAUAUCUCAAUUCCUCUUCACAUUCAUUCAAGGUUUGAAUUAGAUCAAAUCUGAUUCCUGCACAGAAGUCUGAUUUAACCUAUUGUAAAGGUGGUGUAAACAAUUAGUAGUUGUUAUUAGCUCCAAUUGUAUUGACCCAACGUGGCAGUUAUUUGAGCUUAAUAGAACAAACUUGUUAUUUGUACAAUUUUAAAUAAUGUUUUAAAUGCUGAUGAAAUGAAGGAACAAUAAUAGACAAGUAAAAUAGAAAAAAAGUACUUGGUUUGUAUUUUCAAAAAUGAAUAAAAGGCCUCAUAAUAGCAGCCAAUGGAUAUCAGGACAAAUCUAAAUUGUGACCUUAUAUUCAAUUUUAAGAUAUUUUCACUGUAGAUGGGCAUGUGUAUAAUCAGUGGCGGUUCUAGACAAAUUUUACUGGGGGGUCAAGGGGGGGCCAGUGUUUAGUCAGAAGGGCACAUAAAAAACGGAAACAAAUGAUAUUAAAUACUUUAAUUUUGUUUUACAUUAAAAUCAUACAAAAUGCUCUGGCUCUCCCUCUUCCAGCUCCUCAACUCUCAAUACCUUGAUGUGUUUCUUUAACUUUUUUUUUUACUGGGGCAAAAAAGGCUGCAAUGUCCCUUCCUCGGUUCAUGAUGACUACUAGGAGAAGAAAAACGUGUUAAACAUUUUUUUUACAGGGGCACUGGCCCCUGCAGGCCCCCAUGUAGAAACGUUCCUGUGUAUAAUUGAAAUACACCAUUAAUUACAUAUAGGACACUGAUUGUUAUACCAUGUGUAUUCUCAAAAUAAAA